AUGAAUCCUGACGAUAAUGGAGUGAUACUGGCCGUGCGAACGAUAGAGGCAGAAGAUGAACAGAGUUCCGUUGAAUCAGCACAGAGCCGUUUUAUCGAAUCUCGCUCAGAACUAUUGAAUUCAUCGCUUGGGAUCAUCCCCUCGGACGACUUCGAAGACUGUGUUCAGUAUAUUUGUGGUUCAUCUGAGACACUGUUGGCUGACGCGUUGGGUCGAGGGCGUCCUGAGUUAAAUCGCAUAACGAAAAAGCUUUCCCGCCUCGGAAGAAAGCACACCAAUCACAUCGAUAGAUUACCACGGCUAUGGGCCUUUCACGUACCGCUGUCAUCAUCUGCGAUUACAAAAACUCAGCUGCCAUCGGCUUCGAACGACAGCUCUUCUAGCAGUUCAUCUUCGGAUGCUGAAGUCUACGGAUCAUCGGAAACUGUGUCACUCCACGAAGAUUAUGUUGAAUUGCAUGACACAGUGCCGGACACAUCUAUAACUGCUAUCCACAAACGUUGGCGUUCAUUUCGGUCUGUUAGUGACUCUGUUCAGCUGGAGAGCGAACGAACUCGACGAAGUCUUCUUUCUUCCGUACUGUGCGCGAUCCCGGACUUACCACCUGAUUGGCUUGAACCUCCACCCUCUACCUUGCCUUCGUCCGUUUGUGCUCACACCCUGCCCGCUCCGACGGCACCUUUUCCUGAUGUAAUUCCCUCAGUUUUUGCAACUUCUGACUGCGGAGAAACUCCGAUCAAUCAGAACUUUGAAGAUCACAACAUUCACGCAAAUUACCUGGGUCGAAUACCGGAAAUAGUUGAUCCAUUUCGUCCAACGCGGCGAUUCGCGCGUUGGGGAUGGCCCUCGAAGUGUGCUGGCCACCAGGAGCUUACAAACGAUGGGAACUAAGCGUAUGCCACUGUAGUUGGAGCGGAUUGUGCACAAGCACUUUUUGAAGAUGGGGACGACUGUCGAUUCACCCCAAGAUGAUGGAACCUCUUCACUCGCCCAAACUUUCGAGAAAAAA